ACCAGAAGUCUGUGCCUGAGAUUGACGAUUCUGAUGAUGAUGAGUUUGACGAUUCGGAUGAUGAUGAGUUUGAUUAUGAUGAUGAAAUGGAUGACGUACCGUUGAGUAAGAUGAAAACUGCAAUGGGUAAUGGCCAUGGGGGCGGUCAGAUGCCUAAGAUGAUGAUGAAUAAUAUGAUGAAUGGGCAGCAUCCUCAGUUCAUGAAAGGUGGUACUAAUGGAGGUAAUAACGGAGGAAAUGCUGGUGGAAAUGGCAUCAUGAUGAUGAAUAGUAUGAUGAAUGGGCAACACCCCCAGUUUAUGAAAGGUGGAGCUAAUGAAGGAAAUGCUGGUGGAAAAGGCAAAAAGGGUGGUGGCGCUGGGAACAUGCCUAUGCAAGUGAAUGUUGGUGGAAAUAAUAAUGGAAAUUGUGGUGCAAAUUUUGGCAAGAAAGGAGGUAAUGGGAACAAUAACAGUGGUAACCAGAAUCAAUGUUGUGGAAAGGGUGGCAAGAAUGGUGUUGCUCAACCACAAAAUGGCAAAAACGGUGGUGGCAAUGGUGGUCAGAACAUAAACAGCAACAAUGGCAAUGGUGGUGGGAGUGGGAGUGGGGCUAACGGGGCGAAGAAAGGUGGUGGAGUGACUGAUGGUUUCCAUGGUAUGCCAAAUAUGAUGGCUAUGAAUUCUAUGAAUCCCGGUGGUAGUAUGGGCCAGAUGGGGAAUCUACCUGUGGGCCAAAUGCGACCGAUGGGUAAUCCACCAAUGGGCGGCCAAAUGGGUAAUCCACCUAUGGGCGGCCAAAUGGGUAAUUUUGCAACUGUCCAAGGGCUUCCUACUAAUGCUAUGAAUGGUCGUGGUGGUUUUCAAGGUCCCAGCAUCGAGCACAUGGCUGGAAACCCGUAUUACCAGCAACAAUUGGCGGCAAUGAUGAUGAACCAACAACAUGGAAAUGGAAAUGAAAGGUUUCAACCAAUGAUGUAUGCCCGGCCUCCACCUGCGGUCAGUUACAUGCCACCUUACCCUCCUUAUCCGUACCCCCGCCAUCCAGGCGAACAACCAGACCAAUACUCAAUGUUCAGUGAUGAAAACACCUCAAGCUGUUCUGUGAUGUGAGUUUGACAACAUCAGCUUUAACCUGAAUUUGCUCAAUUCUCUGUCGACCGCUAGCAGUCGUAGAACUUGCGCAUCAAUUGUAGUUCUUGAUAUCACCUCACUACUUUCGAUCCCAUAAUACACAUGGAUUUGGUUUUGCUUUGAUUUUAAAUGUUUCCCCUUUGAAUCCAAGUCUAGAUUAGUGUUUGAUCAUAUAUAGGGAGAUCUGUUUUGCUGAUGAAAUUUUUAUAUGUUGAAAACAGAAAUAAAAUCAAAGAGAAUAGGGAGUUUUUAACAAGAACAAUUCCCAUCUCUAUAUGCUUUUUA